AUGACUGUUACUUACACCUGGUGGAAGGACGCUACUGUCUACCAAGUCUGGCCUGCCUCUUACAAAGACUCCAACGGCGAUGGUGUCGGAGACAUUCCCGGAAUUCUUUCUACUUUGGACUACAUCAAGUCUCUUGGAAUUGAUGUUAUCUGGCUCUCGCCAAUGUACGAUUCUCCUCAGGAUGACAUGGGCUACGACAUCAGCGACUACGAGAAUGUCUACCCAAAGUAUGGAACUCUCGAGGACAUGGACAAGUUGAUUUCUGAGGUUCACUCUCGUGGCAUGAAAUUGAUUUUGGACUUGGUCAUUAACCACACCUCUUCCGAACACAAGUGGUUUAAGGAAUCUAGAUCUUCCAAAUCCAACCCAAAGAGAGACUGGUACAUCUGGAAACCACCAAAGUACGAUGCAGAGGGAAACAGACAUCCACCCAACAAUUGGGGCUCGUACUUCUCUGGUAGUGCCUGGAAAUAUGACGAGGCCACCGAUGAGUACUAUUUGCAUCUUUUCGCUGAGAGCCAGCCUGAUCUCAACUGGGAGAACGAAGAGACUAGAAAUGCAAUCUACGACUCGGCAUUGUCCUUUCUGGUUCAAGAAGGGUAUUGA